AUGCGCAGCUGGCAGCACUCAGUGACUCCAUCCUGUCGUCUGCUCCGUCCUGACUGCAGCCUCAUCAGAGUGUGGCACAUGACAGACGCCGCGGGACGUGCACUAAGGCGUUCUUUCUAUUUCAAAGACACACACAAGACAAAUGUGCCACGAAAGACUCCCACUGCCGUAAAGGGAACGAGGAUCAGUGAGGCGCAGGCACCAGAGGGGAGGGGCGGGGGUGUAUGGACCUCUGCUUACGGGACCUACAGGCAGGCGCCCCGAUUGUGCUCCGCUCGCAUCAUUUUUAGAGGCUGGAGAAGGCGGCUGGGGUCUGGGGUUUCCUGCCACAGCGGCGGGAUUGUGUCACAAAACAGCCUUUCACUCUUCCAGGGCCUUGUAUUGCUACGUUUCAGAUAUGUGAAGCCCAUUUCUUCUGGAGGAGGAUGA